AUAACAAAAGAGAAUAAAAAUCAAACUCAAAAUAACAAUAAUGGACAAACAAUGAAAAAAUAGAGGAAGAAGACGACGAAGACGAACGAGGGAAGACAUCGUCCGCCGUUUGCAUCCUCUAAUUUAAUUAUACACACCUAUACAUACACAGACAUACAUCUAUAUUCUUAAUUAUACACACACAAAUCAAAUCAAUUGAGUUGAGUUGGGUCAAUUGAGAUCCAUCGAGGUCAGAUCUGAUCUAAUUGAGAUCAAUCAAUGGAUGAUUUCGGUAUCUUUGCUCGCGAUUUAGGUUACAAACCGCAAGGCAAAUCGGCGCCGAUGAAAUCGGCUGGAAUCGGGUCGGAUCGUCCCUCGUCCGCCCCGUUUUCCGAUGAUCAGUUCGGCGAUGUGUUCGGUGGGCCUCCGAAGUACUCGUCGAGCAAUUCGAAUGCCAAGGCUGCUGCUUCUUCGAUGUCGGAUUUCGAUUACGAUUCGAUUUUUAAGGCCUCGAGAAAUGAGGCGAAGAGUAAAUGGGAUUCGGCUCCGUCGUCUGAUCCGGUUUACGAUAAGCCGGUGUAUGAUGACGAUAUAUUUGAUGGAUUGCCUGGUUUGAAGAGUAAGACGGUGUCGUCUAGUAGUAGGUUUGAGGAGAAUGUGUUUGCAGAUAUUGCUAGUUCGCCUCGCAAGGGGAGUAGUGGUCGGGAUCAUUUUGAGGAUCUUUUGGGGAAUUUGACUAAGAAGGAGAAGGUGGAGCCGAAGAAAAAGAGUAUUAGCAGGACUGCCAGUGAUUUUGAUGAUUUGUUGCCUGGAUUCGGGAGCAGUAGUCCGAGUAACAGGCCUAUACCCGAGUCCAAUCAAACUUCGAGACCACCUGCUAAUUCAAAUCAGACAUCCAAGGUGAUAGAUGACCCUUUUGUGGUACUAGAAUCAACUUCAACUCCAGGGGUGUCUUUUAUAAGUGAUCCUCUAGAAGAGAUCAGCAAGCUUAGUAAACCUGGAAAUACAGAGGAAAACAAUUCAUCUGCGAGUGCAGGAGUAUUUAAUGAUUUGGACCCCCUUGGCGAUUUUGUUAAAUCUGUGCCUGCACAUUCAUCUGGAAUUAAAAACUCUGGGAAAGAUGGGAGCCCAGCUAGGGCAAGAUCAAGCAUGAAGAGGACAGACGAAUCUGCUAGUACUGAAGCUUUUGGAAUACCAGCUUUUAAUACUUAUACAGAGAGAAGCUCUCAGAAGAAGGUGCCUGUUGAUGAUUAUCAUGAAUCUCAUCAAACCUUAUUUGAAAUGCCUGCUGGCCCAAUUGGGUCUCAAAAACCAACUGGGCAACGAGCUUCUUCUCCUUCAUAUAGUGUCGAUGUCAGUGAGUCAAAUUCCCAGUCUGAUCAGUCUUAUAGAACGGAAGAACAUUCACAAUCAUCUGAAGAAGUAUGGCUCACUGUAUCCGAAAUUCCUCUCUUUACACAACCCACCAGAGCUCCACCACCUUCAAGACCCCCUCCUCCAAUACCCAGACACACAUCAAAAUCUGAAAAAGCCUUCUCGACUUCAAACAGUAGACAAAAAGGCAAUGAUUUUUCUCCACCAUCUUCUGCUCAGUACCCUCAGAGUCACAAUCCUUUCCGUUCUGCACCAAAGAAUACCAUGGAUUCUUCGAUAGAUGAACUAGAAGAAUUUGCUAUGGCUAGAAAUUACAAUAAUUUCAAUGAAAAUUUUGAAAUCAGUUCCGGGCACAACAGCAGCACAAACUCUGCUGCUGCUGCAUCUGCUGCUGCCAUGAAAGAUGCUGUGGAUCGUGCUGAGGCAAAGUUGAAGAAUGCUAAGGAGAUAAGAGAAAGAGAGAAUGCAAAGGCUGCUAGAAGUAAAGAAUCUGUGCAGCGCGAAAAAGAUGAGCAAGAUGUACUGGACGAGGAAAUCGUAGAAAAUCAGGAGAGAUUGAAUCGCGAGAGGCAACAGAGGGAAGAGGAAGAAAGAGAACAGAGGAGACUAGAGAGAGAAAGAGCCAGGGAGAUCGAAAGAGAAAAGGCUAGACAAGCUGUCGAAAGGGCUACAAGGGAAGCUCGUGAAAGAGCAGCUGCAGAGGCCCGUGAAAGAGCCGCUGCAGAUGCUCGUCUAAAAAGUGAGAGAGCUGCGGUUCAGAGAGCACAAGCUGAAGCACGUAGUAGAGCAGCAGCCGAGGCAAGAGAAAGAGCAGAAAGGGCUGCUGCAGAAGCUAGGGAAAGGGCAAAUGCUGAAGCAAGAGAAAAGGAAGCCAAGGAAAAAGCUGCCAGGGCUGAUGCAGAAGCACGCCGCAGGGCUGAACGAGCUGCUGUGGAUCGGGUUGCUGCUGCAGCUAGAGAAAGAGCAGCUGCAGAAGCACGAGAUAGGCAAGCUGCAGCUGCUGCAGCAGCAGCAGCAGCAAGAACAAGCCAACAAAAGAAUGAUAAUGACCUAGAAUCGUUCUUCAACAUGAGUUCUCGACCAAACAGUGCACCAAGGCCAAGGGCGAGCUCUUCGGACCCUUCGUUGGAUCCACAUUCUCAAAAUAGGGGAGGGGCUGAUGGCACUAGGAGGUCAUCUCAAAGUGGAGUCACGUCAAACAUGAAGAAGGCAUCUUCGACCACUAACAUCGUAGAUGAUCUCAGCUCAAUUUUUGGAGGUCCUCCAUCAAGUGGAGAUUUCCAGGAUGUUGAAGGGGAGACCGAAGAAAGGAGAAAAGCUAGAUUAGAACGCCAUCAACGCACUCAGGAGCGUGCGGCUAAAGCAGUGGCUGAAAAGAAUCAACGUGACCUUCAGCUACAAAGAGAUCAGGAAGAAAGAAGUAGAUUUGCUGAAACAUUAGAUUUUGAGAUCAAGCGUUGGGCAGCUGGGAAAGAGGGAAACUUGCGUGCACUGCUAUCAACAUUGCAAUAUGUGCUUUGGCCUGAAUGCGGGUGGCAGCCUGUUUCAUUGACUGAUCUGAUUACGGGUGCUUCAGUUAAGAAAGUUUAUAGGAAAGCAACCUUGUGCAUACAUCCUGAUAAGGUACAACAAAAGGGUGCAAAUAUUCAACAGAAGUAUAUUGCUGAGAAGGUGUUCGACUUGCUUAAGGAGGCCUGGAACAAGUUCAAUUCAGAGGAGCUUUUUUAAUUUGUUUUGAUGAACUUUGAAGCUGCUUCAUAUAGGAGUACACAAUUUUGCAAGAGAACCACAACAUCUGGUUUUUUAUAUGUCCUGUACAUCCUCUGCUGCUCUACCUUGUGUACUUGCUUCAUAGUCUGAGUUUUGGAAUAGAGCUUGCAGUAAUUUAUGAUGAUGAAAUCAAGUCUGCAAGUGUAGCUGUAAAUUGAUUUGGAUGCGAGCAGACGGAAGAUAUCAUUUUGGGUUGCUGUAAUAGUGUAAUGAGCCCUUGCCACCCAUGAUUAUAUGCAUAUUUUGCCUUUCUCGGUCAUACAGAAACAGUGUGUAUCAGAUGGUUUCGUCUUGUCGGAUGUUUUCUCUUUUAUCUGUGCAAAUUUAUUUCUUUUGUAAUAGUGUUUCGUUAUUCUUGUGGUUUUGUUGAUUUAUGAUAUAUAUCAGGUUAGGGGAUUAUUCACUGUUUCUGGUUUACUUGGAACCAUGUUGUCAUCAUAAAGUAAAUUUUCAUUUUCUUAAA